AUGGCCGUCCUGCUCAACUGGCUGUUUGUGGUGACCUUCAUACCAGUUUUAGCCUCAUCCCAAAGCACGACAAAUAAUGGAAAUACUAACAUUCAAAGAUCUACUGGUGGGAACAUCACAACUGAGACGCCCACAACUGGGAACACGGAUGUCACGAUUUCCAGCACCUUCGUUACCACAACAGAGCCAAUAGUAGCUGGGCUUGUGGCGUUUAUGCUGAUUCUGACAAUUGCUAUCAUCACAGCAUGUGCUAUAUUCGUGAAAAGAACCAAAUCUUCAAAAGGCAUGCAUUCGAAAGUCGUUGUGUCGUCAAAAUGUUGCAUUGUUCGUAAUCCCACUUCUUUCACUGCCAAGCUCCCCACUAUAAGCUUUGCAAAUGUUGUUGUGCAACUUCAUGGCGAAAGUGCAAGGGUAAAUGACAUCGGACGUGUUGCUGAAGAGACAACCCACGAUGAUGCGGAGAAGGGUGAAGCUCAAAACGUGCCCGCCCAGCCUGAACCCAUCAUUUGUACUUCAAUAACAACAGCUGCAUUAGAGGAACAUGUAGCACAAGUAACACAGACAGAGACACGAUUUAAAAGUGAAUAUGAGAGUUUACCUGCAGGAUUUACAAACACAUUUGACGAAUCAAGAGUUUUCAUGAACAAAGGGAAAAACAGAUACAUGUCAUACUACCCAUAUGACUACAACCGAGUGGCUCUCAGUUUCCUGCCAGGAGACCCAUCCUCCACCUAUAUCAACGCUAGCUACAUCAACGGAUUUAAAACGGACAUGGCAUACAUCGCAGCACAAGCCCCAAAAGAAAGGACACUGAAAGACUUCUGGAGGAUGAUAUGGGAGAAGAAAUGUGGCAAGAUCGUCAUGCUUACACACCUUGUUGAAAAGGGGAAGGACAAGUGUGAACAGUAUUGGAGUAUGAAACGUCCUUUCGUCAUCGGAGACCUAACCAUCACUGUUGCUAGAAGGGACACACGUUCUCAUUACAUCAUCAGGGAAUUCUCUGUCACAGAACGACACACAGAAGAAAGUCGGAUCGUCACGCAGUUUCAUUUUGUGGCAUGGCCCGACCACUCAGUUCCGGAAGUAACGUCUUUGCUGAAUUUCAUUUGGCAUGUACGGAAGGCCCCCACUUGUCAAGAUGGACCUCUUCUUGUGCACUGCAGUGCUGGUAUUGGCCGAACUGGAACGUACAUUACCCUGGACUACCAUCUGGACAAAAUUCAGACUGACGAUGAAGUUGACAUCUUUGACUUUGUGUGUAAACUGAGAGAUCAAAGGAAAGGAAUGAUACAAACAAAGGAGCAGUAUGAAUGUGUUUAUUCUUCUUUGGUGGAGGCAGUUGCUAUGGGAGACCAGGGUCUACCUUGCCAGCAAUUUCUAGAAAGACGACAGAUAGCCCAAACAUUCAAUCUCGGUAGCUGUUCGAUUGUUGAACUGCUGCAGAUAAUGAGGGCAAAGAGAGACAAACAAGAUCCAAAUGCUGAGUUACCAGGGAGAUUGGUGAUAAAUGGACAGUUGGACCAUUUUGCUUUUAUUUUGCAAUCCCACAUGUCUCGGUAUGGUUACGUGGUGAGUCAGACACCCUGCAGCAGGAACAUGGAAGGAUUCUGGAGCCUGAUCAGGGACAUUAACUGCAGUGUGGUUGUUCUCUUCCCAGGAGCUACCAAGGACAUAGAACGCAUGUGCCCUUCGUCAACCAACCAGUGUCUGGAAUGCGGCUCUCUAUGUCUCACUUACAUUGGGGAAACAAAUCUAACUGAAGCAACAAACAUGCUGAACAUUGCAGUGAACGUUCGGGAACAGGUGACCUCUCAAGCUAAAGACAUACAUGUGGUAUGCGUGUCCAAGAGUGAAAGCCCCUCUCUGACGUCAUUGCCAGAUCUGGUGGAGGUGGUUGACUCUGCACAAGAGGGAAAUAGCGAAAAGCUUGUGACUGUUGUGUUCGGUGAAGGGGACAGGAAGUUUGCAGCAAUGCUGUGUGUUAUCAGGAACAUCUUUCAAGGAAUGAUUCACGACAAUGAAGUGGAUAUCUUCAACAACAUCAACCGUGUGGCCCACAUAUUGCAUGAUGAAGACCUAACAGAGGUUGACGUGGCAUCCCUGUACGACAUCGUCGAUAUGAAGCUAGCAUCUCCAGACACCUACGUGAACGUCAGCAACACAGCCAACAUCACAGCCAGCAACACAGCCAGCAUCACAGCCAGCAACACAGCCAGCAUCACAGCCAGCAACAAAGAAGAAGGAGACGUUUAUGUAAACCUCUGAGGACAUUUAUACUUAUCUUCAUUGAUUAAGAUUGUUUUUGUGUAUUAUUUUGCUUGAAAAUACUAGUAAUACUAGUAAUACUAGUAAGCCAAUAAGAUUGCUUGUUGACUGGAGAAAUAUGUUGUUUUGGUGUGAUCCAUCUAAUUAUCCUCAAUGAUCAAUAAUGGAUUUCGUAUUUCAUAAUAUUGAUUUAUCUUUAUAUAAAACCUUUAUACGGUUCUUGCAAAUAUACACAGCUAUAAUGUCUAUGAAACUGUCAUUACCGCAUCUAUGACAAUAUAGACAGUAUCUCAUAAUUAUCCAUUCAGAAACCCCCAUUUUUCCUGUCAUUUACAUUCCCUUUACAUAUGCAGCAUUAACUGAUUUGAUGAAUGUAAUCAAUCAGUCCCAUGUGAACAGGAAUGCUUCAGGGCCUUGUCAGAAAUUGACCGCUCCGCCGACGCACUUUACAUUUGUAAUCCACAUUGGAUGUAUCAGGGAUGUCACAUCAACUACAUCCCCUUAACAGCGUGAUCAGUUAUGUCGAUACUCGGGGUCGUCCUAAUGGUCAUAGUCUGAAGAAGAGGUCGCCUAAACUAUAACUAAAAAUAUACUGCGGGUAAAUGAAAAUUUGAUAAACGUUAUAUUGGGGUGGGGUCGUAAUUGGGAAAGGUUAUCUGUGGCCUACCUAUCUGUCAAGGUUACAGUAAAGUUCUUUCGUAAAUUAUGUUUGCCAGUUUAGCUUCUCCUGCGUUUUGUAUGUAUGUGGCUAUAUUGUAGUGGCAUACUUGUGUAUGGCAAUCUUAUGAUAUCAUUGUUAGGUCAUAGUUACCUUCAAUCUUAUCGCUCCGAUUAGAAGCAUAUGCUAUAUUUUCUUUGUUACAUUGAAUACAACCAAGGAUCGUAAUAUUUUGUUCAUAUAAUGCAUAGCCCUUGAUGUUGUUUUUAAAGUAGUUCCUUUUUGCAUAUAUUUUCAAAGUAAUAUAGGACAAAACGCAUUAUGUUCACGAUGACUCGAUAAAUGUAGGAUACAAUUUGGUACUUUUCAUCUUUAGCAUUAGGCAUUGAAUAAUGGUCGCUUUAAUUAAAUAGAGCAAUUCCUUUGCGCACUGAACCAGUUGGAAACACCCGUAUUUACAUGACAUGACUUUAGCAAUUGAAGGUCAUACAACUGGACGUUCACACAACUUUAUUCAUAAAGACAAAAGUAGCAAGGUGGCAUAGAAGUAUCUGCUUCAAAGUUCUGUGGCAUUUCGCCAUGAUGAUGCGAAGUACUUUGAUCUGGUCUGAGGUUAUAGUCAGCAUGUAAUCGAAGGUAUUGGCUAUCACUCUGGAGUGAAUGAGUUAGGUUUAACGCCGCUUUUAACAGUAUUCCAGUUAUUUCACGGCGAGUCAGCUUAAUG